AUGAAAUGUGUCUCUACAUCAACCUUUUCUCUGCUGCUUAAUGGGGCAAAAGCUGGUAACUUAACCCCCUCCAGAGGGCUGAGGCAAGGCGACCCGCUAUCCCCAGCCCUGUUCAUCAUAGCAACAGAUGUACUUUCUAGAUUGCUACUAAGAGCUGAGAGUCAACGUAAAAUAUACGGCGUCAAAGUGGCUAGAAGAGGUAAUCCAAUUACGCAUCUCCUAUUUGUUGAUGAUAUUGUACUAUUUGGAAAGGUAUUUGAAAGGGAAGCUCAAAAUCUCAUGGAAUGUUUGGAUAUAUUCUGUUCUUCGUCCGGGGAGAGAGUGAGUAAACCAAAAUUUGCGGUGCAUUUCUCUAAGAGCGUCCCAAAUGCUAAGAGAAUGGCGUUAGCAGAAUUCCUCCAAAUGCCGAGGGUCAAGGGAGAAUGUCCCCACCUCGGUCUUCCCCUCCUCGCAUCCAGGUCGAGAGCUAAAGAUUUGCGCUUCAUCCUUGACAAAGUUAAUGACCGUGUGCAAGGAUGGAAAGCAAAUAUGCUAUCUAAAGCAGGAAGAUCAACUCUGGUUCAAGCUGUGGGGUUUUCUCUAAUUUCUUAUGUUGCAGCAUCAGGACCAAUGCCUUGCUCAUUACAUGAGUCAGUGGAUAAGGCUAUACGCUCCUUUUGGUGGGGGGAUACAGCAACUAAGAGAAUAAUGCAUACUUUGUCCUGGGGGAAGCUUUGUAUGCCGAAACUAUCAGGAGGUUUGGGUUUCAGAACUUCAAAAACCAUCAAUGAGGCAUUCAUGGCAAAGAGAGCGUGGGAAACUUUAGUGGGAAAGCAAGGCAUUUGGCACGAUCUAAUCUAG